ACGGUGUGCGAACCCAACAGAAUAACCCGCCCCCAGCGCGAUGUGAAGGACUCCGGGUGAGGCCAGCCACGCCCCGCACGGAUGGGAAGGCCAUUGUGACUAUGUGGUGACUACAGUUAUCUUAACUGCUGAAUUCCCCACUGGAAUCAUGGAGGAGAAACAGAUUAUAUUGGCUAAUCAAGAUGGUGGGACAGUGGCAGGAGCAGCACCCACCUUCUUUGUCAUCUUAAAACAGCCAGGAAAUGGCAAAACUGAUCAAGGAAUUUUGGUUACUAAUCGUGAUGCCUGUGCUUUGGCUAGUAGUGUGUCAUCACCAGGAAAAUCUAAAGGGAAGAUUUGCCUUCCAGCUGAUUGUACUGUGGGAGGAAUCACUGUCACCCUUGAUAACAAUAGUAUGUGGAAUGAGUUCUAUCAUCGAAGCACAGAGAUGAUUCUGACCAAGCAAGGAAGACGCAUGUUUCCUUACUGUCGUUAUUGGAUAACAGGUUUAGAUUCCAAUUUGAAGUAUAUCCUUGUGAUGGAUAUAUCUCCUGUGGAUAACCAUCGUUAUAAGUGGAAUGGUCGUUGGUGGGAACCCAGCGGGAAGGCUGAGCCUCAUGUUUUGGGGAGAGUUUUUAUUCAUCCAGAAUCUCCUUCCACAGGCCAUUAUUGGAUGCAUCAACCAGUAUCUUUCUAUAAACUCAAACUUACCAAUAAUACACUGGACCAAGAAGGGCAUAUCAUCUUGCACUCCAUGCAUCGCUACUUACCGAGGCUUCAUUUGGUGCCUGCAGAAAAGGCUACAGAAGUGAUACAAUUAAAUGGCCCUGGUGUCCACACUUUCACCUUCCCACAGACUGAAUUCUUUGCAGUAACAGCUUAUCAGAACAUUCAGAUUACCCAGUUGAAAAUAGAUUACAAUCCGUUUGCUAAAGGCUUUCGAGAUGAUGGGCUGAAUAGUAAGCCCCAGAGAGAUGGAAAACAAAAGAACAGCUCUGACCAAGAAGGGAAUAGCGUUCCCAGUUCUCCUGGUCAUCGAGUCCGCCUUACAGAAGGUGAGGGGUCACAGAUACAACCAGGUGAUUUGGAUCCUAUAUCAAGGGGUCAUGAAACAUCGGGCAAAAGUUUAGAGAAGACUUCUCUUAACAUAAAACGAGACUUUCUUGGUUUCAUGGAUAACGAUUCAGCACUUGAAGUUCCUCAAUUGAAGCAAGAGGUUUCUGAAAGUCUUGUUGCUAACAAUUUUGAAGAUGGCUCCUGUAUAGACUCACCAUUAGACCCAAAUGGAAGCUUCAAUGUUGUCAUUAAAGAGGAACCUCUGGAUGAUUAUGACUAUGAAGUUGGUGAGUGCCCAGAAGGGAUCACUGUGAAACAGGAAGAGACAGAUGAAGAGACGGAUGUAUACUCAAACAGCGAUGAUGAUCCCAUACUAGAGAAACAGCUAAAGAGGCACAAUAAAGUUGAUAACCUAGAAGCUGAUCAUCUGUCUCCUAAUUGGCUACCAAGCAGCCCAUCAGGUGUUGCUAAAGCGAAGAUGUUCAAAUUAGACAGUGGAAAGAUGCCAGUAGUCUAUCUGGAGCCUUGUGCUGUCACCAAAAGCACAGUGAAGAUUUCUGAGCUGCCUGAUAACAUGCUUUCUGCAUCUCGAAAGGAUAAAUCUAUGUUGACAGAAUUAGAAUAUUUGCCUACGUACAUUGAAAAUUCCAGUGGGACUGGCUUCUGCUUAGGCAAGGAAUCAGAAAAUGGUCUUAGAAGACAUUCACCAGAUCUCAGAGUGGUACAAAAAUAUCCCUUCCUUAAAGAGCCUCAAUGGAAAUAUCCUGAUAUAUCGGACAGCAUUAGCACUGAAAGAAUACUUGACAGUUCAAAGGAUUCAACUGGGGACUCACUUUCCGAAAAAGAAGACUUGGGCAGAAAGAGAACAACUAUGCUAAAGAUCGCAGCAGCACCAAAGGCUGUGAGUGUUAAUCAGAAUGCCCCUCCAAAUGUCUCUGGAAAAAGAGGAAGGCCACGGAAAUUGAAACUCUCUAAGGCAGGGAGACCACCUAAAAACACAGGAAAAUCUUUAACUGCUACAAAGAACACCCCUGUAGGCCCUGGGAGUACCUUUCCAGAUGUGAAGCCUGAUCUGGAAGAUGUAGAUGGUGUUCUCUUUGUUUCCUUUGAAUCGAAGGAAGCUCUAGAUAUUCAUGCAGUCGAUGGGACAACAGAAGAACCGUCUAGUCUUCAGGCAUCAACCACAAAUGACCCAGGCUGCAGAGCAAGAAUUUCCCAGUUGGAAAAGGAAUUGAUAGAAGAUUUGAAGUCCUUGAGGCACAAGCAGGUGAUACAUCCUGGUCUCCAAGAAGUGGGCUUAAAAUUGAAUUCAGUGGAUCCAACAAUGAGCAUUGAUCUUAAAUACUUGGGAGUACAGCUACCUUUGGCUCCAGCUACUAGCUUUCCUUUUUGGAACCUUACAGGAACCAACCCUGCCUCUCCUGAUGCUGGAUUUCCCUUUGUUUCUAGGACAGGGAAAACCAAUGACUUCACCAAGAUCAAGGGAUGGAGGGGAAAGUUUCAUAGUGCUUCUGCAUCUAGGAAUGAAGGUGGAAAUUCAGAAAGUUCACUGAAAAACCGUUCUGCUUUCUGUAGUGAUAAGCUAGAUGAAUACUUGGAAAACGAAGGCAAGCUGAUGGAAACAAGCAUGGGUUUCUCUGCCAAUGCUCCCACAUCUCCUGUGGUAUACCAGCUUCCCACCAAGAGUACCAGCUAUGUACGAACACUUGAUAGUGUACUAAAGAAACAAUCUAUCAUUUCCCCUUCUACCUCUUACUCUUUGAAGCCUCAUUCUGUACCUGCUGCCUCUCGAAAGGCAAAGUCUCAAAACAAACAGGCAACUUUCAGUGGCCGAACUAAAUCAUCUUAUAAAUCCAUUUUACCAUACUCCAUUUCACCAAAGCAAAAACACUCUCAUAUGAUUCUAGGAGAUAAGGUUACCAAGAAUUUUUCAAGCACUGUCUCAGAAAAUCAGGUGAAUAACUUUGUUGUGCCAACUUUAGAUGAAAAUGUAUUUCCAAAGCAGAUUAGUUUGCGUCAGGCACAACAGCAACAACAGCAACAGCAACAAGGAACUCGCCCUCCGGGCUUGUCUAAAUCUCAAGUGAAACUAAUGGACCUGGAAGACUGUGCACUUUGGGAAGGAAAACCAAGGACCUAUAUCACUGAAGAACGAGCAGAUGUAUCCUUAACAACUCUGCUUACGGCCCAAGCAUCUCUCAAAACUAAACCUAUCCACACAAUCAUAAGGAAACGAGCUCCUCCUUGCAACAAUGACUUCUGUCGACUGGGUUGUGUAUGCUCCAGUCUAGCUUUGGAGAAGCGCCAACCUACUCACUGCCGCCGACCAGACUGCAUGUUUGGUUGCACGUGUUUGAAAAGAAAAGUUGUGCUUGUCAAAGGGGGAUCCAAAACAAAGCAUUUUCAGAGGAAGUCUGCCCAUCGAGAUCCAGUAUUUUAUGAUACUCUAGGAGAGGAGACAAGGGAGGAAGAAGAAGGAGUCAGGGAGGAGGAAGAACAAUUGAAAGAGAAAAAGAAGAGAAAGAAGCUGGAAUACACUAUAUGUGAAGCAGAGCCUGAACAGCCUGUACGACAUUACCCGUUAUGGGUAAAAGUAGAAGGUGAAGUAGAUCCAGAGCCAGUUUAUAUCCCAACUCCUUCUGUCAUUGAGCCUAUCAAACCAUUGUUGUUGCCUCAGCCAGAAGUUUUAUCUACUACUGUGAAGGGCAAACUGCUCACUGGAAUUAAACCUGCACGAGCAUAUACUCCCAAAUCCAAUCCUGCGAUUCGGGAAGAGGACAAAGAUCCGGUCUACUUGUACUUUGAAAGUAUGAUGACUUGUGCCCGAGUUCGAGUAUAUGAACGAAAAAAAGAGGAACAGAGACAACCCUCCCCCUCCCCCUCCCCAUCUCCAUCAUUUCAGCAGCAGAGCUCAUGUCAUUCUAGUCCUGAGAACUGUACUGUAAAGGAACCUGAUUCUGAACAACAGCCCUUAAGACAACUCACCUGUGACUUGGAGGAUGAUUCUGAUAAAUCACAAGAAAAGAGCUGGAAGUCUUCCUGCAAUGAAGGGGAAUCCUCUUCUACCUCUUAUAUGCAUCAGAGGUCACCUGGUGGUCCCACUAAACUGAUAGAGAUCAUCUCAGACUGCAACUGGGAGGAGGAUCGAAACAAGAUUUUGAGCAUCUUAUCCCAGCACAUCAAUAGCAACAUGCCACAAUCACUUAAGGUGGGCAGCUUCAUCAUUGAGUUGGCUUCUCAGCGAAAGAGCCGGGGUGAGAAGAACCCUCCUGUUUAUUCUUCUCGUGUGAAAAUCUCUAUGCCAUCAUGUCAAGACCAAGAUGAUAUGGCUGAGAAAUCUGGAUCAGAGACUCCUGAUGGUCCAUUGUCCCCUGGGAAAAUGGAUGAUAUCUCUCCUGUGCAGACAGAUGCCCUGGAUUCAGUGAGGGAGAGAUUACAUGGAGGCAAAGGUCUGCCUUUUUAUGCAGGGCUUUCUCCUGCAGGGAAGCUUGUGGCCUAUAAACGUAAACCCAGUUCAAGUACAUCUGGGCUUAUCCAGGUAGCAUCCAAUGCCAAGGUGGCUGCAUCCAGGAAACCACGUACCCUGUUGCCUUCAACAUCCAAUUCCAAAAUGGCAUCCUCCUCCGGCACUACAACAAAUCGUCCUGGGAAGAAUCUGAAGGCGUUUGUUCCGGCAAAAAGGCCAAUUGCGGCUCGACCCUCUCCUGGUGGUGUGUUCACACAGUUUGUGAUGAGUAAAGUUGGAGCCUUGCAGCAGAAGAUACCUGGAGUUAGCACACCCCAACCCCUGACAGGGCCACAGAAGUUCAGUAUCAGACCUUCUCCAGUAAUGGUCGUCACACCUGUGGUUUCUUCUGAGGCAGUUCAGGUGUGCAGCCCUGUGACUGCUGCUGUCACUACCACCCCUCAAGUAUUUUUAGAAAAUGUUACUGCUGUGACACCUAUGACUGCUAUUUCUGACGUGGAAACUAAAGAAACUACUUAUUCUUCUGGUGCCACCACUUCAGGGGUUGUUGAGGUCUCUGAAACUAAUACCAGCAUCCCUGUAACAUCUACCCAGUCUACAGCCACUGUGAACCUUACAAAAACCACUGGGAUAACUACCCCUGUGGCUUCAGUUGCUUUUCCUAAGUCUUUGGUAGCAUCUCCAACCAUAACUCUUCCUGUUGCUUCCACUGCCUCCACUUCCAUAGUCAUGGUGACCACAGCUGCAUCUUCCUCCAUGGUGACCACACCAACUUCAUCUCUGGGUUCUGUUCCUAUUAUACUCUCAGGAAUUAAUGGGAGUCCACCAGUGAGCCAGAGACCAGGGUCUGUGGUGGGAAUCCGGUUACCUGCUCCUUCCAAACCUUCUGAGACUCCACCAUCUUCCACUUCGUCCUCUGCUUUUUCUGUCAUGAAUCCUGUAAUUCAGGCUGUUGGUUCUUCAGCAGUGAAUGUUAUCACUCAGGCACCGUCACUGCUUUCCUCUGGACCUAAUUUUGUGUCUCAGGCUGGCACAUUGACCCUGAGGAUUUCUCCUCCUGAACCACAAAGCUUUGCAAGUAAAACAGGCUCUGAAACCAAAAUAACUUACAGCUCAGGAGGACAGCCUGUUGGUACAGCCAGUCUUAUUCCUCUCCAGUCUGGUAGUUUUGCUUUGCUGCAGCUCCCAGGACAAAAGCCUGUUCCUAGCUCCAUUCUUCAACAUGUUGCUUCCCUUCAGAUGAAGAGAGAAUCCCAGAAUGCAGAUCAGAAAGAUGAAACAAAGUCUAUAAAAAGAGAGCAGGAAACUAAGAAGGCUCUGCAUUCUGAAGGACAAGCUAUAGACCCUGAGGCUAAUAUAAUAAAGCAAAACUCAGGAGCUAUUUUCUCGGAAGAAACCCUGAAUGAUUCCUUGGAACAUGGAGGAGAUCAUUUGGAUGAAGAAUCCCUUACAGAAGUUGUUUCUGCAACUGUCAAACCUGCUGAGCACUCCUAUAUUACUGGGUCACAUACAGAUGAAGACUGUAAAGAUGUUAAUGAAGAGUGUGGGACUAGGAAUCAUAACAGUUCAAAGGAAAAACUGACCAUUCUUGAAGUUAGGACCAUUUCUGAAAAAGCCAGUAAUAAGACAGUCCAAAAUGUAAGUAAAGUACAGCUUCAAAAACUUGGUGAGGUGAAGGUGGAACAGCAGAAAGGAUUAGAUAAUCUGGAGGAAAAAUCAAAUGAAUUUCCAGUCAUCUCUAAGGAAAGAAGUAAACUCGAAUUUUCAGGGAGCAAAGUUGUGGAGCAGCAAUCUAAUCCACAGCCAGAGGCAAAGGAGAAGGGAUGUGGAGACUCUCUGGAGAAGCACAGCAUUAGGGAAAGAUGGAGAAAACAUCUGAAGGGCCCCUUGACACGGAAAUGUGUUAGAACUUCACAGGAAUGUAAGAAAGAGGCAGAUGAGCAGUUAAUUAAAGAAACAAAGACAUGUCAAGAAAAUUCAGAUGUGUUUCAACAAGAACAAGGCAUCUCUGACUUAUUGGGAAAAAGUGGAACUACUGAGAAUGCCAGAGUUUUAAAAAUGGAAUGUGAUUCUUGGAGUAGGAUUUCUAAUCCUCCAGCCUUCUCCAUUGUUCCUAGAAGAGCUACAAAAGGCAGCAGAGGGAAUGGACAUUUUCAGGGUCAUUUACUACUACCAGGAGAACAGAUAAAACUAAAGCAAGAGAAGAAGGGUAGGAGAAGCAGUGCUGACUUCACUGUUUUGGAUUUGGAAGAGGAUGAUGAGCAAGAUGAGAAUGAGAAAACCGAUGAUUCUAUUGAUGAAAUUGUGGAUGUUGUUUCUGACUACCAGAGUGAGGAGGUUGAUGAUGUAGAAAAGAAUAACUGUGUAGAAUACAUUGAGGAUGAUGAGGAACAGGUGGACAUUGAGACUGUAGAAGAGCUCUCAGAGGAAAUUAAUGUUGCCCACAUGAAGACCACAGCUGCCCACACACAGUCAUUUAAACAGCCGUGCCGUACCCAUAGCUCUACAGAUGAAAAAACUGCUGAAAGGAGUCGAAAGACUCCACCAGUUCCUCUCAAACUGAAGCCUGAUUACUGGAGUGACAAAUUACAGAAAGAAGCAGAAGCCUUUGCUUAUUAUCGCCGGACACACACUGCCAAUGAGCGGCGGCGGCGUGGUGAAAUGAGAGAUCUGUUUGAGAAAUUAAAGACCACAUUGGGAUUACUUCAUUCUUCCAAAGUUUCCAAAAGUCUCAUUCUUACUCGGGCAUUCAGUGAAAUUCAGGGACUAACAGAUCAGGCAGACAAAUUGAUAGGACAGAAAAAUCUCCUGACUCGAAAACGAAAUAUUCUGAUACGGAAAGUAUCAUCUCUUUCAGGUAAGACAGAGGAAGUGGUCCUGAAGAAGCUAGAGUAUAUUUAUGCAAAGCAACAAGCACUAGAGGCACAAAAAAGAAAAAAGAAGAUGGGAUCAGAUGAGUUUGAUGUGUCUCACAGAAGUAGCAAACAGCAGGAAGGAUCUUCUGCAUCAUCUGUUGAUCUUGGACAGAUGUUUAUAAAUAACAGGAGGGGCAAACCUUUGAUUCUUUCCAGAAAAAGAGACCAGGCCACAGAAAAUACCUCACCCUCGAAUACUCCACACACCUCUGCAAACCUUGUGAUGACUCCACAAGGGCAACUGCUCACUUUAAAAGGUCCCCUAUUCUCAGGACCAGUAGUAACUGUUUCUCCUGGUCUCUUAGAAACUGAUCUUAAGCCUCAAGUUGGCAGCAGUGCUAUGGCUCAAUCAGAAAAUGAUGACUUAUUUAUGAUGCCACGAAUUGUUAACGUGACAUCACUGGCCACAGACGGAGGUUUGGUAGAUAUGGGUGGCAGUAAAUAUCCUCAUGAAGUUCCUGAUGGCAAGCCACCUGACCACCUGACAGAUACCAUCAGGAAUGAAGAUAACUCCUUAGAGGAUUUGGGUAGAAUCUCUUCCAGAGGAAACCAUAGAGAUGGCAGAAUGACAUUGGGUCCAACGCAGGUUUUUCUGGCAAAUAAAGAUUCUGGUUUUCCACAAAUAGUUGAUGUUUCCAGUAUGCAGGAAGCACAGGAGUUCUUACCUAAAAAGAUUUCUGGUGAUAUCAGAGGGAUUCAGUAUAAAUGGAAAGAGAAUGAAUCAAGAGGGGAGAGACUGAAGUCAAAGGAGUCUUCAUUUCAUAAAUUAAAAAUGAAAGAUCUAAAGGACUCAAGCAUAGAGAUGGAACUGAGGAAAGUAACAUCAGCUAUAGAGGAAGCAGCACUUGAUUCCAGUGAACUGCUAACUAAUAUGGAAGAUGAGGAUGAUACUGAUGAGACACUGACUUCUCUGCUUAAUGAGAUUGCUUUUCUUAAUCAACAACUAAAUGAUGACUCUGUUAGCCUGGCUGAACUACCCAGCACUGUGGAUACAGAGUUCCCAGGGGAUGCUCGACGGGGUUUUAUCAGUAAGCUUCCCCCUGGGAACAGUGCAGCUUUCCAGGUUGGCCACUUGGGAACUGGUUUGAAAGAGUUGCCUGACGUUCAAGGGGAGAGUGACUCCACUAGUCCCCUCCUUUUGCACUUAGAAGAUGAUGACUUUUCUGAGAAUGAAAAACAGCUUGCAGAACCAGCCUCUGAGCCAGAUGUACUUAAGAUUGUUAUUGACUCUGAGAUAAAGGAUUCCCUUCUUUCCCACAGGAAAACUAGUGAUGGAGGGAAGAGUACUUCUGACCUCCCUGCAGAGCCUGAAAGUGUGUCCUCACCCCCUCUCCUACACAUGAGGACUGGUCUGGAGAAUAGCAGCAGCACAGAUACUUUGUGGAGGCCUAUGCCAAAGUUGGCACCUCUAGGUUUAAAAGUAGCUAAUCCUUGCAAUGAUGCAGAUGGUCAGAGUCUCAAGGUGAUGCCUUGUUUGGCACCUAUAGCUGGCAAAGUUGGGUCAGUUGGACACAAAAUGAACUUAACAGGGAGUGACCAGGAAGGCCGGGAAAGCAAGGUGAUGCCUACACUGGCACCUGUUGUGGCUAAAUUGGGCAACUCUGGGGCCUCACCAAGUUCUGCAGGGAAAUGAACUUAUUUAUCCUCAGGCAGAAGCCAGGCUAGGAGGGGAAAUUGAAUCUCACCUCCUUUCUCUGCAGGCAUCUGUUUAUUUGUGUCUUGGAUCUUUGGUCCUUGACUUUGUUGAUGCGGUGGAUAAUAGAGAAAGGGGGUAGGGUGCUGACCCUGGUAUAAGAAAUACUAUGAAAUUCUGAUCAUGUUAAAAUGUGUUACCUCACUUGUGGUGCUGGGUUCCCUCAUCCUCUCUAAGAAGAUGUGAUCCAUUACUAAACACGAGGUGCCCCUCUUACAAGGAAUUCAUAACAAGACUCUGGCUCCAUAGUGGUUCCUAGUUCUUCCCCCCAGGAGAACAAGCUGCUUGCAACUUUGGAGUUGCUAUGGACUGAAUGUAGCUGAUAGCUGUUGGGUUAAGUCUGAAAUCUAAGGAAUAUGAUGCGCUUGUGCAAAGGGAUCCAGAAGAGAUAAUUUUUAAUUGAUGUUUCAAGAAUAGGGAGAGAGAGGAUGGGUACCGUAAAAUACCAAAGUGAAGGACUUUGUGUCAUUCGGGAGAAUUUUCUCUUCUUUCAUAUACCAAGUAGCUUCCAUUCCCUCACUUUUUCAAUUAGAAUUACAAAUUCAAGCCUUCUGAUAACGUAGGGAUACGUUUAACUUUUAUUAUUAAGGGUAAUUAUUUUGAGAUGUUACAGAAAAUAGUAGUUCUAGUUCUCCCUUAUUGGGUGGGUGUUGAAAUUUCAUUUCACAGUGCCAGGGAUUUCUACUAGGAAUAUGUAUUUUGGAGGUAGGCAUGGAAGGAGCACUACCCCUUUCACAAAUCAUGUCACUCAAGAGACAGCUAAAGUGAAAUGCAUUUUCUCCCCAGACCAGAGAUAGUGGCCAAAAUCAAAAAUUGUGGGGCUGGAUAUUUCCCAAAUCAAACCAGCCUCCUGGUGCUUGAAGGUUUCAUUCACUAUUAUCUGCAGAGGAUGUAAAGAAAAGUCACAGUAGGCACUCUUUUACCAGGGAAAUGAGGCAGUAUUUGAAUCACAAGAUAUAUUUUUUAUCUGCUACCAUGGAUUCAAUGAUCUGUAGAGCUUUUUCACUUGUUAGCUGUCAGAGUAUGAAGGACUGACAGUCUGUAAAGAUAAAGAUAUUUAUAUUUUUGUAUAGUUGUUUUCAUAGAUUUCUCAAAGGCUGAAGUUUUCAACCUAGAAGAUGAGAUUUGUAUUGAGUAUAGAAAUGAUGUUUCCUAUCUAGUUUGUAAAUAAUCAUGGUGCACUUGAGGGGUCUCUUGGAAACUCCUGGGGGCAAGAAUCACUAUUCUGAAACUGUAUAGACUGGGAUUUAGCUGCUGCAUUUUGCCUUUCUUAAAUAAUUAUAUUUUGGAAUGUAACCCCUGUUCUGUCUUCAUUGACAGGAUUUGCUUGUGUUGUAAAACACUAACACAAGAGCUUCCAGUGCCUGGGCUGUGCCUAGGUUGAUGUUAUUUCUUCUACAUCCCCUGCCUUCUUUAUCCCAAAUCCCACUCAGCAUAUUGUCAGACCUAGGUUGUGAGGCCAACUUUGGAAUGGAUAUAGCCAGUGAAUUACUACUUCCAUAGUUGGUUCCCUAUUAACUCUGGUAAUCAACAGAUCGAAAAGGGUAGAAAACUUUCUCUGCAAAUUUUUGCAGUAUGAUCAAAUUCUUGUUGGUUUUGUGCUGCUUGCUUUCCUAGACCUGCUCAUCAGCACUUAACCUUCCCUCCCCUAAAGGUUACUGAAGAAGCUUGAAGUAGGUAAAGAGUGCUCCUCAGCUUCUCAUCCCUUCCACUCUACCCAGCAGAUUUCAUUCAAUGCCUUAGCCAAGCAGUCCAGCACCUGUCUCCCCUGCUAGUAAUUGUCCUUAGAGACGCUAGGACUUUAACCCAGGUAUAGCAGUUUCCCAUUAUUUCCUUGCUUGUCUCUUCCCCACAUUUCCUCCUGACUUCCCAAGGCUCUUUGUGGCUUUUGAGGGUCAGCCAAGGAGCAGGCAAGUGAGUGAACAAUCCUCAGGAAAAGAAGGACCAUUUUAGCUUCUGAACACUUCCUUUUUUUUUUUUUUUUUUUAAGAAGAAAAUAGGCAAACAGGUAAUAAUUCUUGAUUAGAGGAUAAUAUUUAACUCUGUUUAUGAGAGAUAUAUAAAGAUAGAAGUGAAGGAUGAUUCCAGGUGUUUAUGGGGAAGGCCGCAGAUGUUACUACAAACCCAAAAGAUAAUGUUCUCAAGACCUCUUAGAACUAAGUGUCCUCAGAGGUAAUUUGAGGAAGGCUCAGUCUUCAAAACAAUCCUGCAGUCUUGACAGAAAUCUAAAUUUCCAAAAACUCUUGCCCUUUAACCUUACCCCAGGAAGAACUAACUAUGAAAAUUACAUGUGUGAUUAUGAAAGAUGAGUGAGAGGAGUUGAGGAAUCUGGAAGACAGUGAGCUCUCAACCUAACUCUAUAAGAAGCAUGAUCUCAGUAGACCAAUAAUUCGCCUUUUUAUAACAUCUGUAAAUAAAUGGAAUGUUUUUAAGAAUAUAAUUAUGUCAGAUUUAGCAUUUUCUUUUAUAUAUUAAAUAUAUAUCUUUCCUUUUCUGCUUUUGAAAAGUGACUAUUUUUUUAGAAACCUAAGUACAGAAGAAGUUUGGUGAUGGGAAGGCAGACUGUAUAAACCUGGAAUGAAUCAGUUAUAAUAAUUAAA